AUGAGCAAAGAACGUGCUGCCAUGUCGAAGUUACCCGCACUUCUCACACCUGGUGCACCGAACGGAACUGGCACUGGCUACAAGCAGACAAAGCAAGAGACAUCACCGCACGACUCGCGGGCCAAAGAACCUCAGGGCCAUUUGCCGCAGCUGGCCAAACCGGAGGAGGCUGAUGAGACGCAUGGAGAAGGUCCCGUCCGCUCUACCAGCAAGGGGUCCCUAGACCAGUUCUUGCUGGAGCUGGUGGACCCCUACAGCAAAGGCCUUGUGCGGUUCAUUGACUUUGCAUGGCUCCAUGUCCGGCUGAUGUACUACAAUGGGCAAAACACUAGUAUUCAAGAGAGACUUCAGAGCCUGGGCGGUGUCUACCCACAGCAGGUCUUCCGAAAGUAUGACAUUGAUCAGGACAAUCAUUUGGAUAAGGCGGAGUGGCAUGAAUACUCCACAAGCUUGAUUGCUGUCCUGGGAAAGGCCUAUCUGAAAGAUGCUUGCAAAGGCUUGCUGCGGGAGCAGCAUGAACAAGAGGCCCGGAAGGUCGCUGGGCCCUUCACCUGGAGGUAUGAUGAUCAAGCCUCACGUCAGCUGCUUGAAAAGGUCUCAUGUGCGCAACACCUUGGCCGGGAUCAAGAAGAAGUGGUUGAGGGGCUGCUCAAGAAAUUUGCCGAUCCAAACUAUGGAGAUCGUCAAGGGCAAACCGUUUUAUGGUAUGCCGCGACCAAGUGCGAUGCGCAUUGUAUGGCAAGGCUUUUGGAACAUGGUGGCAGUGCCUGUGCAGCUGGGCCUGACUUGGACUCGCCGGUGCUUGCUGCUGCCCGGGCACGGAAGCUGCAGGUGCUUCGCUUGCUGCUGCUUAAUGAGCUGGUGGAGACUGGAGCUGAAAAUGAGGAGGUCGUUUCCAUGCAGCUCAUCGACAAGGCCGCUGAGUUGACCUCCAAGGAAGUGAAGGAGCUCAUCAGCCGAGGGGCCAACAUCAAUUACAGGAACGAUCGUGGAUGGACUCCUCUGACAGCUGCUGUGUUCUGGAACAACCAGGAUUAUGUGGAAUGCUUGGUGAGGUUGCCGCACAAAACCGCUCGAACCGCCCUGCAGGCCGACCUACCAGACAGCCGUGGACGAACCGCACUUCAUGUGGCGGCGCGCAAGGGUUUGUCAGAUUUGGUGCCACUGAUCCUUGGUGCCCGAGCAAACCAAGACGCACGCGAUGGAGAUGGCUGGACAGCGCUGCACCAUGCGGUGUUCAACGGCCACACGGAGACAGUCAUGAAGCUGCUGGAGGGGGCAGCGGACCCUCGGGUCAUGGAUGAUCAGGGCUUUACACCUGCCAUGCUCCUGGACAGUGCUAACAAGUCUAACCGACCUUUGGGUCGAGACGCGGUGAAAGCUCUUGGACCACCGGAGGACGUCAAGUUCGUGGAAAAGAUCCUGCCGAUCCUCAAGGACCAGGUGCUUCAGCUGGUGGCACCUCAAUUUCUUCAUAACGCACAAGAGUAUCGAAUACAACGCUUCGUUGAGCUGCUACCCAACUAUGAUGUUGUUUGCCUUCAAGAGCUCACCGUUUUUUGGGGCAUUGAUUCCUUCGUUGACCUCAUUCGGGCACAUGCCAGCAGCUGCGGUCUCAAACAUUUCGCCUCGAGCGGGAGAUGGCCAGACUGGCCAGCGACAUUUGCUGCGGCUGGAUUGGGCGUUUUCUCCAAGUAUCCCAUUGUCAGGAGUGAAUACUCCUCCUUUUCAAGACAAGCCUGGUUCGAGUGGAGCGCCAUCCAACGUGGCUUUCUCAUGGUCGAGCUGGAAGGUCCCGAAGGCAAGCGCAUCUCAGUCUUGAAUAUCCACACCACUGCAGGCCUGGAAGUCCUUGAGACGGGCGUGGGCGUGUCCCAAAACAAGGCCUCCGCCGUGAACCCCGUGGGCUUGGACCAGCUCCUUGAGGCCCUGCUUCGCUUUGAAGCCUUCUCGCGCGGAGCGGACCAGCGAAUCUUCUGCGGCGACUUCAACGUGAGCAAGGAUUCUCUUGCUUUCACUCGCUUUCGAGAGGAUGCGCUUCGCCGCUUGAAGCUGGUGGAUGUCUAUCCCAAGUCCCCUCCAACAUUUGCAUGCGUCGACGAGACAACGGGCAAACCCUUGGAAACGUUGCUCACCAAGCCCGGAUCACAAGGUCAUCCCCGUGUCAUCGAUCAUGUCUUUUCUGACAAACCUUGUUCUCACGCACGAGUUGACCACAUGCCUGCUUCAGCUGAGCAUCGCAAGCUAUACAAAUAUCAGCAAGUUUCCGACCACAGCGCGCUGGAAAUCAUUUGGAAUUGA